AGAAUGGAAUUUCUUCUGAGAAAGCCUGAACUGUUUAUUUGCGACGUCGUAUUCUUGUUCCUAUAGCAACCACUUUCAUUUACGACAGUGGCGCUUCUUCUUUACGGGACAGAAAAUGGCGGCGCCCUGCGUGUGUUAGGAAACAUGUUACUGUUGUUUGACACUAUAUGAAGUGAGUUGCGGAGAGGUUUUAAAACAUCUACUUUUGUAUAAUUCUGCAACUUUAUCGAAAUAAUGGCGUCCAAAAGUGUCACCGAUGUCAGCGAGAAGCUCGCUCGGUUGUUGAGUCGAGAGAAUGGCAAGCCUGUCCUCAAGCCAAACAAGCCUCUCGUCCUCAAGGACGAAGUAGCAAAUCGCAAAAUGCGAAAAGGGGAGGCCACUUGCAUCACAGAGAUGUCAAUACUAAUGGCUUGUUGGAAGAAAAAUGAGUUCAACAACACCCUCUGCUCCGGUGAGAUCAGCAAAUUCUACACAUGCGUGGAGAAAGCUCAGAGGGAUGCCAAGCUAAAAGCAGCCCAGCAUGCCACUCAAGGAGGACGCCUCUCCCCUAAUCAAGCCAACUCGCUCCUCAAGCGAUUCCCAGGAAUCAAGAAGGAAAUCUAAGAAGGAAAUCUCUCUCCCCGUUUCUUUUUUUUUUCUUUUGUUCGAGUUGAAAUGGACCCAUCUCUUGGACUACAGUCAAGGAACACUUGUAACACUGUAAUGCAACAGGCAUUGUAAAAAAGACUAGGCUCUGCCUUACAAACGAAUGUCAUUGGUCCAUUGGUCUCCACAACUCCCCUGGCGAUUGGCUGUGGAGAGAACUGUCAUUUUUUCACAUCUUCAGGGGCUGGUGCAACCCUGUGGCAAUAGAGAGAGUGCCCCUGGCAGUCUGAUGGACUAUGGCAGUGGUUCCCAACCUUUUUCUUAAGGGACCCAUGUUUUUACUAUUGUAAGCUUUGGUGACCCAACCACGCGAGCGCCCUCACGAGACGGAGUCACAAGAUGCCCUCUGUUUCCUGCGAAAACUAAUUUUAGUUAUUUUAUUCCUCAAUUCGUCUUUGGUCAAAUAUAGAAUAAAUGUUUAAUGUAGCACUUACAAUUUGUUGCUUCUAUGCAUUUAUUAGUUCAAUGCUUUGUCUUUUAUUCAACAUGGGCUAUAUAUAUUUAAAACGAAACCCCUUGAAAUCAAGAGGGCUCCGCGACCCCCUGUGGAUCUUUGGCGACCCAUAAGGGGGGUCCCGACCCAUAGGUUGGGAACCACUGGACUAUGGUACUCUGGAACAUUACUGUAAUGGGGGGACUGCAGUUGUGGGUCAUCACAGUAAACAGCUUUGAAUUCAUUUGCUGUCUCUUAUUCUGCUCCAGUCACUAUGCAGAAUGCACACUUGGCAAGGAAGCUCUUGCUUGCCAGCCCCUAUUCGGUGUGAUUUGUUGUUGUGCUGUGUCAUUUUAAUUCUAGUCCCCAACCUCUUGGAAGCGCUCUCUGAAGGUUAAUGGUACAGCCUAAUGACUUGUAAUUCUGAAUGGAGAGAGCCAGUAGCAUAGCGUCCACGAUCAAUCUGCUCUGGGUCCGUUUUCUCUGGAUGUUUUCCACCAGGCGGCUGAUUUUUCUAAGCAGUUACACACCAUCCCUGUACUCAUUCCAUUAUUUGGGCAAAUUGAAAUGGGCCAUCACCUGCCAGGAAACAAAGGCGAGACUCGUGUUUGGAGUGGAGGCCAAGCUGAAAGCCAAUAAAAAUCAGCGGCCUGUGGCCUUGUCGUUCCGAGUUUUAUCUUGUCAAGCUUGUGUUGAUGGAUACAUCCCAAAAUAUGUAGUGGCGUGAAAGCUGUUAACAUACAGUAUUCAGUCCAUGUAUAGAGCAUGUUAACGGUCAUGGAAUAAUUGUAUUUUUAUGUCUCCUCUCUCUCUCCAUAGUAACACAGUUCAUGUUGACAGGCCACUACAAUUCCCAUAUCCUUAAUACGUUUGUUAUACAGAAAAAUGGUUAACAUCUCCAGGAAUCUAUUAAAGCUAUUUAAAGGAGACUUUGUCUGCAGAUUGUACUCUAUUUUAGGAGAGCUCAGCGUUCUUAUUUUGCAUAAAUGAGCAAUUUUGUACAAGCUGCAUGGUGUGCUAUCGGCAGUGGUGUUCCAAUUUAUUAAGUUAUGUCAGACAUUCCGUGUCUAUUCAUGGAAAAGGUGA